GUCGGCCCCCGCCGCCCCCAGCGCGCCCCCCCCCCGCCGCGGGAGAAGGGGGGGGCCCCCCCGCCCCUCCCCCCAACCUCACCAGCAACCGGCGGCUGCAGCAGACCCAGGCCCAAGUGGAUGAGGUGGUCGACAUCAUGCGGGUGAACGUGGACAAGGUGCUGGAGCGGGACCAGAAGCUGUCGGAGCUGGACGACCGGGCCGACGCCCUCCAGGCCGGCGCCUCCCAGUUCGAGACCAGCGCGGCCAAGCUCAAGCGCAAGUACUGGUGGAAGAACCUCAAGAUGAUGAUCAUCCUGGGGGUGAUCUGCGCCAUCGUCCUCAUCAUCAUCAUCGUGUAUUUCAGCACCUAACGGCCGCCAGCUGCGCCCCGCCCCCGCCCGGGACCCCGCCCCUGGGCGUGUCCGGCCCCGCCCCGGGACGACGGGAGGAGGGGCCCCGCCCGGCCCCGCCCCGGGGAUCCCCGUGUCCCCCCCCCCAUCCCCCCCCCGCACCCCUCAGGGACCCCCCCUGCACCCCAAACCCCCCCCCGGGACCCCUCAGACCCCCCCCCGCCCCUCCCCCCAUGGCACCCCCAGACAUCCCCGGGCCCCUCCCCCACCCCCCCGCCCCUCCCCCCGGGACCCCCAAACAUCCCCCUCCCCCCCCCAAACCCUGCACUUCUCGCUAUGAACCCCCAAAGGGAGGCCCCGCCCCCACACCCCUCCCCCCCCCAGCACCCCCCACCCCCCAAAGCAGCCCCUCCCCCCCCCAACCGAGGUGCCCCCCCCGGGGGGGGGGGUUGAGCCCCCCCCGAGUGCUGGAAGGGCCCCCCCCAUACAUGAGAAUUUGGGGGUGACCCCAGAGUGGACGUGGGGGCGUCCCCGGCCCGGAGCACCCCAAAAGUGGGGGGGGGUGGGGGGGGGGGGGCGCGUCCCACCCCUCCCCCUCCCCCCGGAGGGAAUUUGGGGUCUCCCCGGGGACACCCCGGAGCGGUUUGGGGGUUCCCCCCCCCCCAAAGAAAAGUGGGGUGCGGGGGGUGCCCCCCCCCCCAGCCGGAGGAUUUUGGGGGUCCCCCCCCUUCCCCGGACCUGAGCACAAAGGGCCCCCCCCCAAGCCCCCCCCCCUUCAUUUUGGGGGUGCCCCACCCCCAUUUCACCUCCCUAUAGCUUUUGGGGGGGUCCCUGCGAUUUUGGGGACCCCCCCUUAAAAUAUAGGGGCUCCCCCUCCCCCCGCUGCACUCCAGGGGUCCCCCCAAAACCGGCUGGGGGGGGGACACCCCGAUUUUGCCGCCCCCCCCCCCACAUUCCAGGCCCCCGCUCCUUUUCUUGGGGGGGGGGGGGGGCGGGGCCUCAGCACUUCGGGGGGGUCCCCAAAAUUGCGGGGGGCCCCAAAACUUUAGGGGGGGCGAGGGGGUGUCCCCGAAAUCCAGGAGGGACCAUGAAAUGUUGGGGGGAGGGAGGGGUGUGGGAUGGGGAGGGGGGGGUCCCCCGAAACUGGGGGGGGACCCCGGAACUGGGGGGGACCCCGAAAUGCUGGGGGGACCCCAAAACGGCGGGGGGGGGACACACGACACCCCCCCAAAGACGUGACGCUGCCCUGAGUGCUGGGGGGGGGGACCCCGAAAUGGGAGGGGACCCCGAAAGUGAGGGAGAAAAGGGGGGGGUCCCCCCAAAUUCAAGGAGAUGCCGGAGCCUGGCCCCCCCCCCCCCCCCCCAAUUUAACACUCCCCCCUCAAAAGGGAGGGUUUUCACUCCAAAAUUGGGGGGUCCCCGGAUUUGGGGGUGCCCCCCCUCCCCCCCCCCCCAUCCCGUCCCGCGGGGGUUUUGGGGUGCACGUGCCCCCCCCCCCCCAAUCCCCCCCCCCCUGCAUGGAGCUGUGUGUGCGUGUCCCGGGGGGGUCCCCCCGCCCCCCCCACCCCCCCCCCCCCCAAACCCGGGGGGCGCCCCUCCCCCCUCCCCCCCCCCCCGAGCCGCUGCCGAGCCCCCCCCCCCCCCCCCCCCGGGCGAAGACGUGGAGGAUUUGGGGGGCCCCCCCCCACCCCCCCAAUACUGCGGAGGAGGAAUUGGGGUGCGGGGGGGGGGGCUCUGAUUUGGGGGGGGGGCGGGUGUCACUGCCGCCCCUCCCCCCCCGCUUUGGGGGGUGUCUCCCCCCCCCCCAGCCCCCCCCAGGACCCCCCGGUGGGGUUUUGGGGGGAGCCCCGGGUUUGGGGGGGGCCCCGGGGGGGUCCCCGAGUCCUGGUGUGAAACGUGUACAAUAAACUACAUGUCUGUGAGCGGC